AGGACGUGGGCAUGCGUGAGAACGAACGUCAACCCCGUGGCUUUAUGAAAGGCGAAAUCCCUCCAUGAGCGGAGCAGCUGUUUAAUAACCCCGUUUGUGGUAAAGAAGGAGCUCUUUUAAGAAGAACGGGGCUUGAGGACGGCUCCAUCUCUUCACCACAGUCCCUUCGGCCUGGGCUCUCCUUCCGGCUACAAGUGUAGGUUAUCCGUACCCCCCCUCCUCGUGCGCACACACCGCUUCAACAACACAAACCACGGGGACGAGCCAGCGGACGUAACGUUAGCCGAGAAGGGAAGUGGGCUCCGUCUCUUUCAUCAGGCAGAUGCUCCCAGCCGCCCAGCUUGACAGGAGUGAUGGGAUGUGUCAACUAGCAGAUGAGGCCGCCCUGGACAAUGUAAUCGGACUGAAGGAGUCAUCUGCCGUAUUCACACCAGAGCGAGACAGAGGAGGGACAGAGGGAGAGGAGGAGGACAUCAGAGACACAAGGAUGGGCGUGGGGAAGAACACCACCUCCAAGUCGAUGGACAGCAGCAGUGAAGGGGGAAAAUUUGAAGAGGAGAGCAAGCAUGGCGCAGAUUUCUACCCUAUUCCGGUGGUGGUAAACGGCGUGGGCGGUGCCAGUGGAGACCAGGACACUGAGAACACAGAGCUGAUGGCCAUCUACACUAAAGAUAAUCAAGGCGCAGAAAAGAGCUCAAUGUCUGAGACGUUGGACAGCACAGACAGUACAGACGCACGGAGGAUGGAUAUGAUCUAUACCAUUGAAGACACCCCACCCUGGUACCUGUGUGUGUUCUUGGGCUUACAGCACUACUUGACAUGUUUCAGUGGAACUAUCGCCGUGCCGUUCCUCCUCGCUGAGGCGAUGUGUGUCGGCUUCGAUCAGUGGGCCACCAGUCAGCUCAUUGGGACCAUCUUCUUCUGUGUGGGGAUCACCACCCUGCUACAGACCACACUGGGCUGCAGGUUGCCUUUGUUCCAGGCCAGCGCUUUCGCCUUCCUCGCACCAGCCAGAGCCAUCCUGUCGCUGGACAAAUGGAAGUGUAAUGACACCGCAGUUCCACAAUUCAACAGCACAGAGCUCUUCCACACAGAGCACAUCUGGCACCCCAGGAUACGAGAGAUCCAAGGGGCUAUCAUCGUGUCAUCCCUGGUCGAGGUCUGUAUCGGAGCGUUGGGUCUGCCCGGGAUCCUGCUGAAGUACAUCGGCCCUUUGACCAUCACCCCCACCGUGGCCCUCAUCGGCCUGUCUGGUUUCCAGGCUGCAGGGGAGAGGGCUGGAAAACACUGGGGCAUUGCUAUGCUGACUAUCUUCUUGGUGCUGCUCUUCUCUCAGUAUGCCAGAAACGUUCACUUCCCUCUGCCCAUCUACAAAGCCAAGAAAGGCUGGACUUCUUACAGGCUGCAGGUCUUCAAAAUGUUUCCUAUCAUCAUGGCCAUCCUGGUGUCAUGGCUGCUGUGUUUCAUUUUCACUGUGACUGACGUUUUCCCACCGGAGGAUGACAAGUACGGCUACUAUGCCCGCACAGAUGCACGACAAGGAAUCCUCGCAGCUGCACCGUGGUUUAAGAUCCCAUAUCCCUUCCAGUGGGGCUAUCCUACUGUAACAGCUGCAGGUGUGAUUGGCAUGAUGAGCGCGGUAGUGGCCAGCAUCAUCGAAUCCAUUGGAGAUUACUACGCCUGUGCACGUCUCUCUUGUGCUCCUCCGCCUCCCAUUCACGCCAUCAAUAGGGGGAUAUUUGUUGAAGGUAUUUCUUGUGUGCUGGAUGGUCUUUUCGGGACAGGAAAUGGCUCCACCUCCUCCAGUCCAAAUAUAGGCGUUCUGGGAAUCACAAAGGUGGGCAGCAGACGUGUGAUUCAGUAUGGAGCCGCCAUGAUGCUGCUGCUGGGGCUCGUGGGUAAAUUCAGCGCCCUGUUUGCCUCACUGCCCGACCCUGUCCUCGGAGCUCUGUUCUGCACCCUGUUUGGUAUGAUCACGGCCGUGGGACUCUCCAACCUGCAGUUUGUUGACCUCAACUCCUCCAGGAACCUUUUUGUUCUGGGUUUCUCCAUCUUUUUCGGUCUGAUGCUGCCGAGCUACCUCAAACAGAACCCGCUCGUCACCGGCAUAGUUGAGAUUGACCAAGUUUUGAACGUGCUCCUCACCACCGCCAUGUUUGUCGGAGGAUCUGUCGCCUUCAUUUUGGACAAUACUAUCCCUGGUACGGCUGAAGAACGAGGCAUCAGGAAGCUGAAGCGUGGCGUUGGUAUCAAUGCAGCAGAACUGGAAGGAAUGAGAUCGUAUGAUCUGCCGUUUGGAAUGGACUUUAUCCGCAAACAUCGCAUCUUCAAGUACCUUCCCAUCAGCCCCACCUUCCAAGGCUACCAGUGGGGGAGGAUACAUGAAGUGUGCAGGAACAGAAUGGGACAUGGGGAUGCGAUGAAGGGGGGAGGAAUGGGAGGGGAGGGAGGCAUAACAGCAGGGGAGAGUCGAGUAUAGCCAAUGGGCUGGUGCUGCGAAAUAUUUAAUGUGGCUGGAAUUUGGGGAGCAAGGGAUGGUACACUAAGAUAAAAGGAUCGGAGAGUGGAGGACAGGAGCUGCGCGGGAUUCAGGAUUGUGUGAAAGAAAAUGUGAUGCACCCACCCCUCCCUCACUAUGUGUUUUCUUUAGCUCGUGUUAGUCUUUUCCCACUUCCCACUAUGCUAUUUUAAGCAUGAUAUAGCAAAUCACAGCAUGCUAUAAAAGAUGUCACCAUGCAGAGGUGAGUUGGUGUGUGUGCGAGUGCGUACACAGCAAGAGAAUAACGGGUUUGUGCACUUUAAUCCAGAAUGACAACAAUAAAUGUCAAACAAUCAGCUAAAUGAUUGAUGAUAACUCAAACUAAAAAAGCACAGGAGAUUCAAUUAUUAUGUCAAUUGAGGAUUAUGCAAAAUUUCUGUUUGGAACUAUUUGCCUCUACUCGUUAUGCAACCACAUUAGAGAGAGUCACACACACAUGCUCACACACCAACAGCCUGACCAAAACUAGCUUAAGCGCUACAAUGCAUGUCAGGUCAUGCAGAUUGAUGGAAGUGGUUUAUCUGGAGCCCUUAGCCAUGCAAAGUGAUUGUGAAAUUUAAUUUUUUUGCACUAUCUGCCUCCUGAGUUCAAAAGCAGAAUGUCGCUCCGCAGCGCGUGCCCCCAUUUCUUCAGUAAAACUCCUGAGACCCGUUUAGCAGCACAUCACAUCCACUCAUCUCACAGCCCCCUUUUUUAUUAAUAGUAGGGCGCUAAUACUCAUGAUAUCUCCAAUGUAACAAACCAGUUUACAUCUCUUUAAUAUGACAGUAUUAUGCAUCGGUUACUAACAAGACUUAAGACACCAUUUCCUCAUUUGGCUGUCAAAUGGCACUUAACUUGUUUUACUACAUUAUGCAACUAAAUUAAUUUUAUUAUUAUUUGUUAACCUUUGAUUUGCUGAUGUUACGUUUCCUCUUAACACAAGACACUCACAACACGAAACAAGCUUUUAACAAUAAUGCCUCUACUGCCGUGAUGACAGCAGUCACAUUAAUGGCACACAGUAACUCAGACAUGUGGCCUUGUCAGAGAGACUCCUGUACAUAAAUACUAAAAAAAAGACUGCAGAGAUCUCUGAUCCUCUCUGCAGAGGAUAUGGAGAAUUUAAAUGUAAUAAGAGGGUGUUUCUGUUCUCUGGAUCGACUCUCAGAUGAUGCAAAUUUCAUCAACAGUUUUUACUCAUUUAAAGGAGCAGUGUGCGAUUUGGUGGCAUCUAGCGGUGAGGUUGCAGAUUGCAACAAACUGAAGACCUGCAUGUUCCAAGCAUGUAAGAACCUACUGGUUCAAAAGGCCCUCUCUAGAGAUAUUGUUUGAUUUGUUCGCUCUGGGCUAUUGUCCAAACAUGGCAGACUCCAUGGAAGAGGCGCCAUUCUUUUCAGGUGAUCAUACACAAAUGAAAACAUGGUUAUGAAUAUUAUAUUUGAUUUCUGUCAGUAGAUCCUCCUAAAUCUUUCACACUGCUCCCUUAAAGAUAACCUACUCCCUCACAUUCCUCCACCUCCCAUCCUCAGUCACCUGUACACCUCUCACUCUUUUCCCCCUUUAUUUUGUUAACUGCUGAUGUUUGUUACUGUUCAUGUCUGUAGUAGUUCAGGCGGUGGCGGCACAUUUAGCUGAGUACCUGAAAAGUUCAGAGCAUCAGCAGCCUGUAGCUUAUUAACCCAGGUGUGACCCUGAAAGACUAAUUUGACCACAUUGUGUGCCUCUGGUCUUUUUAAUUGGAAAAAUGCAAUUUGUAUAUAUGAAAAAAAACUAUAGAAGAGAUUGCAACAUUAUCUGGGUAAAUAAAAAGUAGCACAAUGACAAAAAUUUAAAUGACUAAAUAUUUAGCCCAGCUGAGAUUUUUACUAAACCAAAAUGUUAAAAGCUGUUUAUUUUUUAACUUGAUCUGUUACCACAUACCAAAACUUUCCUCAAAGUAUUGAAAUUUGUCACCGCUAAGAAACUUUAAAAAAAUGUUUGAAAUCUCAUCCCAAAUUUCCUCACUUUUUAUCUCUAUCUCUGUUAAAGAUAUUUAUUUAUUUAUAAGCAAAAGGUUGGUGUUUAAUGAUAACUUGAAGCAGGUCUAUGUGUCUCUUGCACAAUAUCGAAAGUAUAUUUAUUAGUUUACUUGUUCCCGCCCUGUAAACAUCAGUGGGAUGAUGAUGGACCGCUCUCAGCCUCUGCUAUAGUCCCUGCUUUUAGAAAAUCUCCAGAGGACAUCAGCUUUUUCUGAACAGAGUUUCUGAUGUACGCUGCUUCUGUUUCAUUCCAUUUGUAUCAUGUUGUUUUUAAAAACAAGAGAAGAACACUUUUUAAAUGUUUAAACUGGAUAGUUUAGUCAGAUUUCAUAAUCAAGGCCUUUUUGCUACAAGUACUGUUUGCACAUGUGGUGCCAAGAACUUCGGGGUGGCAGAGUGAGUGAUACUCACUAACCUGAAACCCUAAAAUGUUACUAUUAUUAUUCACAUUUAUAAUAGAGUUGAAACAUUGUAACAUUUUGUUUGACCUGAAGACAAGUGGCUGAUUGUGAUUUAAUAUUUUUUGGGCCUUCCUCUAUGAUGGCACGGUUAGCUGUAGCCUCAUUUAUUACCUCCGCACUCUGUAAGUUACUCUUGUGAUUCGGUCGCAUAACUUAAAGUUUAAGUUUUAUAUAGCACUUAACAACAAAAUACAAGAAGAUGUUUAAAAGACUGUAUGAAAGAUGUACAGAUUUUGAACGUCAGUUAUUAUCAUGUUAACAAAUAAGGCUAUAAAGCUGAUCAAAUACUUACUGGGAGAGAGUUUCAAAGCUGAGGUACCAAUCUACUAAUCUCAUCCUAAGAGUUGAUAUAGAAAAUCAUUUAUUUUUGUUGGAUUAAGACAUUGAUUCCCACCAAAUAUUUGAUCAGUCUGUCAUAUGACAGAAUCACAGAGAAGCUAAAGGAGUGCUGAAGUCACAAGAGGCUCGACAAUCCUGUGACCACUGACGUGUGCAAAAACUGUAAAUCUCAAACCUCAUCCUCCUAAAUGUUUGCUGGGGGACCAACAGCUGGAUGGCUGUAGAUAAGAAGCAGUGUUCCGGGGGUUAAUGAAAUUAGCAGUGUGUUAUUGGCACACCACCUGAUGUUUUUGGCUUCCUUGCCUGCACAGCUUGACCUUGCUCCAGGAGCAGGUGAUGAUCAAGGUAGAGGUCUGACAGCAGUCACCUCUCCUGAAUCUUCUUCUCUUUUUAAAGAUACAGUAAAUUGAGGUGGUUUGACCGUUUUUGCGGCUCUUGUAGUGACUUUUAUAAUACAUGGCAUGCACGUAAUAAUUACAUGCACAACGUGUGACCUUUGUUUUCUGUGUUCAUGCAACAAGCACUGAAGUUCUCCCAUCACAUCCUCUCUCCACUCUCCACACACUCGCUGUUCAACCCCUCAGUCCUGCAGUGAAACUAUAUUGGUGUCCUCUAAUGUUUAGUGUACCUGGUUUCCUCCCGGGAAUUCUUACUGUUGACGUUUGUGGAUGCAGGAGAAGACACCGGCUGGCCACCUUUUUACGAUCCUGUUGGUUAUUAUCAGCUGAGUGAUACUGCCUUAUCACUUCACAGCAAGAAGAACUUUGUUUGUGUCUGCAGGCAGCUUCUUCUUGUUUGACUUUUAUCCUCCAGUUUUUAUCAUACUUUUUAAUUUUAGGAUCAUAUAAACAUGCAAAGUUGUUACAAGAAAAACUCACACUUUAACUUGAAUUACAGGUCAGUGUAACCAGCAGCUCUUAAGAAGGUGGCCAUGAGGUGUGUAACACAAAGACAUCAAUCCCUUUCAGUUAUUUUGAGGGGGUACUACCUGAAGAAUAUACUUUUGUCAAUUAAGUGUUUUAUCUUUUUCAAUGUUUUUGGUUUUUUAUACAUCAUUUUUAUGUUUUUGCAAGCAAAUAUUUGUAAGAAACCAAUCAUAACUUUUAAUCUUAAAUCAUGCUGGGAAGUGCACCGUUUCAUUGUACUUUUUAUUUAAAAAGUAAAUACAUUUUGAUCCUAAUUUGAAUCUGUGGUUUGGUGGAAUCUUUGUUUUGUUAGGACCUUUUCAUACUGUAUUUUUUUACUCUAACAUUGCUUUCUGUCCAUGUUAACACAUUACCAGUAUAAAUGAAAGAUCAAGCUGAUAAACUUUAAUUUAGAUGUACAAAAAACAAAAAUUAAUGUAUAUUUAAUGGAGUAAAGUUUGCUAAACCUUCUGGAAGAGAAAUUGUGUACACAAAUUGUAGCAACAAAAUGUUUUAUUCUUUGUUUCCGAAAAAUAUUUAAUAAGAUGUUACUGAAUGAA